AUGGACUUGCACGGCGCGUUGUCGGCGCUGAUUCGACAACCAACCGGCUUGCCAGCCGCAUUUCCUCUGUCCUCGUUCUUACCACAUCCGAUGAUGACGUCGUUACCCUUCUCAUUUGGAAACGCCAUGGUAGAUCAGCUCUCAUUGGGAAUCACGCCAGCCGAGCCACAGGCUGCUAGCACGCCAAAAAAGGCUCGCCUUGACUCACCAUGCAGUCCAAUGUCACAGAGCAGUACGGUAUCAUCUACUCAGCUCUCCAGCCCUCAACCAUCUCCAACUCGAAAAAUUGCUCGACCUAUACCCGAAGAGAAGAAGGAUGAUGCCUACUAUGAGAGAAGACGACGAAACAACGAUGCAGCGAAACGAUCACGAGAUGCAAGACGAAUGAAAGAAGAAGCAGUGGCAGCUAGAGCUGCACAAUUAGAAAAAGAAAAUGGACAUUUACGUGGACAGGUAAGAGCCUAA